UCGAACAGCUUGCACUGAAAUUAUUCUACGUGUUUAUUGUAUAAGCAAUUUCAUAUGAGUUUAAAUCAUAGCCGGUCUAAUUAAUUUCAAUUGAUCACUUAUAUGUGUCACAACAAAAACCUUUUGGAUUCAAUGGCCUUCAAAUAAAUAUUAGUAACAGUAGCUCUUGUUCAAGUUAUAUGAAUAUGUCAUAACCGACUUACGUUCCGUGCAUAUAAUUUCGGCUAACUUUUCUCGCUGUGAAAGUUAUAUGCGUGUAUGUCAUAUUGACAUUAUCAUUUCGGUAGAGCACAAAAAUCAACAAUGGCGGACAAACGUGAGCAGUUGUUGUUGGAUUCCGGACUCCCAAUAACAUUUUUCGAUCUUCUUGCUGAUUUAAACAUUGGUCUUCGAGAACUAUGCGUAAUUACUAUCGGAGAGCUAGAAGAAGCACUACAGUUGGCGAGCUUGGAUGAAGGGUACGUUUGGAACACACAACAAAUUUUCGGCGCCAUAGUUCCGUGGCGACAUAGAAAUCAAAUUGAGCUCCAUAAUCUUCUGGACUGCGAAAAUAAUCUGCCGAAAACAAAGGAAAUCAAGUCGGAAAACGAGCGUCAUCAAGAGUCGGACGAAGUCCAUGUUGGAAGAAAGGAUUGUAAAGGAGAUAUUCCCAGUACUGAAAUCAACAACAGUGCAGCUAAAAGUAGCACAGAGACUCCUCAGUGUACCCUCUCUUGCGAACUGCUCAACGCCUCUCUGCUAAGCAAUGCUUCAGGGGAUUUUUCGUUUCGGAGACAUCAAAACAAAGAAUCGAUUGACACUAAACAGCGUGAUAUUGCCAGCAGCAGCGAGCGCAGUUCAGGAAGGGAUCCAUCGACAGGAGAAUUUGUAACCUGUCCUAUUGUUCCACACACUCAGCCAAGGAGCUUCCAAAACAGUAAGCUAGGAGUAUCAACAGGGGAGACUAACGGCCAUCAUUAUUCCGGCUAUGUAACGUUAAAGGCGUCAGGUGAUAAUGCGUUUCCAAUCGAAUUCGUAAGACCCGGACAGCAACUGUGUAACAAGGAUAAAACCGAUCUUGAUUGCUGUGCUGAUCGGUCUGAAGUGGCAGAAGCGACCACUCUACACAGCAGCGAGUCAGAGAUUAUUCCUGCAAAUUCGAGCAUUCAUCAUCAUUCCCCCAAUCCAAGUUCCAAUCCUACAUCAUCGGUUUUGAGUAUCCCUCCAGGUGACUCUGUACCACUGACAGAUAUAACAAACAUCGGACAGCGUUCGAGUGACCGAGCUACAGUAGACUGCAGUAGUCGCAGUGCAGGAGUGAAUGUGGUGAACGAAAAUACUGUCCGAAAAUUGUUUAGUCCGUCUGUUUUACAUCAGUUACUUAAUUCAUCCGAAUUGGGUAAAGACAUUGUGCGUCGAUCUGAAAUAGGAGAAUUGUCAACCGGAAGACAGCACGAGCUAGCAGGAAUAGUGGGUGAAUGGCAUUUGGCGAAUAAAGCUCGACUGUUGCAAGAAGACCUUGAAGAGUAUGCUACUACAAUAAAAGCAGUGUUCAAAUCGGAAAGGAAGGAAACAUACUAUCUGGAAAAAGGUGGCACUAAAAGGAAUCCAGGUGGUAUCAUUUACAACAAAAUUUGUAAUUUGAAAACCAAAGCUCGUAAACGUGAUAAAACGGAAGCCGAAUAUGCCAAACGAAUCAGAACAGGAUCUGUAGAGACGAAAAACAUAAAAGUUACAUCAUUGUCUAUGAACUGGUUGAUGCUCAAUGAAGGGCCAUGGGGCACUGUGCUUGAUAAAUGGAAGGAAAGCUUCGAAUCGCGUUCCCAGUUCGUAGGAAAGUCGACAGCUGAGCAGAAUUUGCGGAAAAAACAAAUUUGGAAGCACUUUCAACAUGAAUUUGGCUAUCAGUUGUUUGAUGUUGAUUUUGAAUUGAAAUACCCUACCGCUAGGAAUGGAAUGCUUGUAUGGGACGGUCUGCUGAUUCAUAUAACUGAUUACUUGAAGGUUCAUGUGAGUGACGAGUACUCCAUCAGAAUUUUGCAUGAUCUUACGGAGGUACCUGAAUUGACGGAAGAUUCUCGUUUGUGUGCAAUUUUAAUAUUGUUAAACUGUGUUCUACCACCGGUCAGAGUAACUCCAGGCUAUAAGCCUACAGUUUCAUCCGCCCAAGAAGAAACCAUUUUAUUCGACCAGACGGAACAGGGAGCAAAGCAAAAACUGCUAGCUCUGUAUGCACGAUUCAAGGACCUCGGAUUGCCGCACGUACCCAAAUUGAUAGCUCUUGGUGCAAACUACAAAGACCUGCAGGGAUCCUUCUUUGUAUGUUACGGUGAACUAAGUUACAAACUGUCCUGUAUGAAACGUGCCGUGGACGUAUUCAUCAAGCUGACACUUACUCUUGGAUUGCAGCACUCAAAAUUCUCAAAACUUGUGUGGCUGUUUGUCGUCAGGUGUGUUUAUGGUGUAUACGUUCCAGAAAAGUACUCGAGCAUUGAGAAGCUGGUGAUUCAUCUCAAUAACGUUCAAAACGCCUAAUCAUAUUGUUUGUUUUGUGAAAGAAUGCAAGGAAACAUUCGAACAAGCGCAGCUGUACAUAGCACAUUUGAACGAAUAUCAUAAAAUACCCAGUAAUCAUAGGUGUAUUUGUACAGUGCAAAACUGUGGACAAAUUUUCCAAAAAUAUUAUUCUUUCAAAAGGCAUUUACUUAAUCAUAAGUUUUUAGAGUUAGAAAAAACUAGAGAAAACCAGCAAGAAAUUCUCCAUUCAAGCUUUGUAGAAAAUAAUGAUUCUGUACAUAUUAACAAAAUACGCCCAGAAACGUAUCAAGAUAAUAGCUUAAUGAUAGAAUCAUUAUCCAAAAUCGAUGAACAUGCCGUAGAAUUAAGUUUAAGUUUGCAUAAACGUCCAAAUCUGACCAGAAAUGAUGUAAAUGAAAUUCAACAGAGUACACAAAACUUGUAUAAGGAAAUAGCCAAACAAAUCGAGAAAUUAGAAUUGAUUUCACCAAAACCAGACGAUAACUAUGAAUUUCAUUAUUAUUUACAAAAAUUAAAAAAUACUUUCGAGUUUAUCGAUUCUGAUUAUAAAUUAUUUAAACUA